CCGUAAUUUCUUUCCGCCGCGAGUCGCGGCGCCCGCUCGUGGCCGGUGCGCGCGUCCACAACCGCCGCCACCGCCUUCCCACUUCCAAAUACGCCUGCUGCCACUUUCCCCAUUCCUGUCUGACCAUCCCCACGCCCCCCUGCUGUGGCCUCUGCUCUCUCCUGCCAGUUCACCUGCUGCCUCCGGUGCCCGCUGCUGUGCCUCGCUCGCUCACCACCACCAAUCGCCACCCCGUGCGGCAGCCGCGCUGCCAUCCCGCGGAGGACUGGAGGAGCACGCAUAUCCGAGCCUUCCCUGCCGCGUCGCAUGGACUCAUGCUGUCGCGGGCCGCCUCCCGCAUCGCCUCCAACCGGGUGCCUGCCUAACUGGCCGAUUUUCUUCCUCGCGUAGCCCCAUUCCGCAGCACAAAUAGCGCGUCACUUUCCCAAUUUCUAUCGCGUGCCCCCCUUCCGAUCCUGCCAUUUCGUGCAUCCUGUAGCGUCUGGCAGUGCGGGGGUCAUCGGGGAUGGAGUGGGUGGACAGGACCAAGGCCUCCGCCGCCGCCGCCGCAGCGGCGGCGGACGAGAGGGCUGGGGGAGCGGAAGGGCUCGCGGGAUACGUCAAGGUCAUGACCGACGAACAGAUGGAGGUGCUCCGCAAGCAGAUCUCCAUCUACGCCACCAUCUGCGAGCAGCUUGUCGAGAUGCACCGCGCCCUCACCGAGCACCAGGACACCAUUGCAGGAAUUAGGUUUAGUAAUCUGUACUGUGAUCCUCAAAUUAUCCCUGGAGGCCACAAGAUCACAGCAAGGCAACGAUGGCAACCAACACCAAUGCAGCUGCAGAUCUUGGAGAACAUCUUUGACCAAGGCAAUGGAACACCAAGCAAGCAGAGGAUAAAGGAGAUAACGGCAGAGCUCUCGCACCAUGGCCAAAUCUCGGAGACAAAUGUGUACAACUGGUUCCAGAACAGACGGGCACGGUCAAAGCGGAAGCAGGCCGCUUCUUUACCGAACAAUGCUGAAUCUGAAGCUGAGGUGGACGAGGAGUCUCUCACCGAUAAGAAGCCGAAGUCAGAUCGGUCGCUCCAGGACAACAAGGCUAUGGGCGCUCACAACGCUGACAGGAUAUCUGGGAUGCAUCACUUGGACACUGAUCAUGACCAAAUCGGUGGCAUGAUGUAUGGAUGCAAUGACAACGGCUUGAGAUCGUCUGGCAGUUCUGGCCAGAUGUCCUUCUACGGGAACAUCAUGCCGAAUCCAAGAAUCGAUCAUUUCCCGGGGAAGGUGGAGAGCUCCCGGAGCUUCUCCCAUCUCCAACACGGGGAAGGCUUUGACAUGUUUGGAUGACAUGAUGCGGCGCUGAGUUACCGUGUAAAAUGUGAUGGUUGACACAUCGUGCGUUCAAUUUGCUGACAUGAAAGUUGAUGUUGGAUGUCCGUGUUGCUUAUCACGUUCUGGUUAACCACCUCCGCGGAUGGUAGCUAGCUUGAAUGAACCUACUCUUUGGGAUAGCUGUAAGAGGUUGAUAUUAUAGUUUGCCCGUAGUCUAUAUACGCUGAACUAUCAGCAUGUAAUUCUCCACGUUUGCAAAUUUAGCACGGGUAUGCAGCAGCCUGUGGUUAAACCUU